CUGAACGUCAUCGUCACUUUCAAUCGUCCCACCUUUUAAAACCCCCUUAAAAGUCUCCGAACACCUUCUCUCUAAAACAAAUCCUCUCUCUCUCUCCGUGAUCUGAUUCGAUAUGGGUUUUAGCAAAGAAGAGAUUAGCAAAAGCAGAAGAUUCUGGUCUUCCCUAUGGAGAGGCAUCAAAACUGUGUUCGUUCUGUUCACAAUGUUCCUCUCUUUCCUCCUCGUCUCUGCUCCGAUCUUCCUCGCCGUCGCCGACGCUCUCCUCCCUUCCGCCCUCCUCCACCGCCUCUCCUCUCCAGCGAAUCUCUCAUCUCAUCUCACCAACUACGAUUUCCGUCACUCCCUCAUCGAUAUUCCAUUAAUCUCCAUCGUUAGAUCCGCCGUUAUACUCUGUGUUUACGGGCUUUGCGACGGUCCGAAGUUAUCAAGAGGUCCAUAUCUGACAAUAACGAUGAUUUGCUCUGUUUCUUCUCUGAUCUACGUUUCGUUAAAGGCGGCGUUUGUGUUCGGCGAGCCGGCGAACGGAGACGGCGGAGGUAGUUACUUCAGAGCGGCGGAAGUGGCUCUGUUUCUCUGCUCGUCGGUUUUAGCCAUCGGUCACAUAGUUGUGGCGUAUAGAACAAGUUGUAAAGAGAGAAGAAAGCUCCUCGUCUUCAAAAUCGACAUUGAAGCCGUUUCUGCAUGUAAAAACGUAUACCCGAGAUACCAAAUGAUCCUCCAACAAGAGAGGCUCAAGUAGAAACGUAUAUCAAGAGGAUCAACACUACUUGUAAAUAUAUCUAUAUACACACAUGACACGUACCGUUAAAUACGUAUGUAAAUAUACAAAUAUUGACGUAUAAAUGUAGCUUCUUCAUUUGCCUUUCGGUCAACUCCUUCGCUUUCAAGUUUUCAGGUAACCAAACCUUAUCUCAUCCUUUUCAUUUCUUGCUCAUCUAAUAAUAAUAUAACAUAUAACUUUUCUUUUGGAUUAUUCGUCAAAAAAAACUUUUCUUUUGGAUUAUUUAAAAAAAACUUUUCUUUUGGAUAAGAAUGAUCUCUUUGAGGGUUCACAUUGUUAGUAACUUACUAUUAUUUAGUUGAGAAGACACAUAUAAUGUAUAUAUCAUAUAGCCAACUUGCUAUAGCCGUUUUGCUGAUAGUGUUGUUUAUCAUCUUUUUCUUUUUUUUCUUUUUUUGUUAACAGGCAGAUCCAAAGGAUAGUCUGUAAAGGCGGGAGGAACAGAUAGAGAGUGGAGAGCUAAACAUCACCUAAUGAUCUUCUAUUCUUAUUUUAAUGUAAGACAACUCCGAUGAAAUGGCAGUUGUUAGCCUUAAUAUUAGAUUAGUUAGGAAGAUUUGUAUAUAAUAUAGUUUUGUUUGUUUUUGUACUAACCUAGAGUUCGUUCAUCAAUGAGAAAAGAAGCCCAAGGCAUCUUUUUUUA